UGGAGAAAUUCCGCCUCAGUCGCUGCUGUCAGUCGGUGUCUCAGGACCACAGCCGUUCAGUCAUCAUGAUUAAAGCCAUCCUGAUAUUUAACAACCACGGCAAGCCGCGCCUCUCCAAGUUCUACGAGCGCUAUAGUGAAGAUACACAACAACAAAUUAUAAGGGAGACAUUUCACUUGGUGUCAAAAAGAGAUGAAAACGUCUGUAAUUUCCUGGAAGGUGGCAUGUUAAUUGGUGGAGCAGACAAUAAACUUAUUUACAGACAUUAUGCAACUUUAUAUUUUGUCUUUUGUGUGGAUUCCUCAGAGAGUGAACUAGGAAUUUUGGAUCUAAUUCAGGUGUUUGUGGAAACAUUGGACAAAUGUUUUGAGAAUGUCUGUGAAUUGGAUUUAAUUUUCCACGUAGACAAGGUUCACAAUAUUUUGGCUGAAAUGGUAAUGGGAGGAAUGGUUUUGGAGACCAAUAUGAAUGAAAUUGUUACUCAGAUUGAUGCUCAGACCAAAAUGGAAAAAUCUGAGGCUGGUUUUGCAGGAGCUCCAGCCAGGGCUGUAUCAGCAGUAAAGAAUAUGAACCUUCCUGAAAUUCCUCGAAAUAUUAACAUUGGAGACAUCAGCAUUAAAGUGCCAAACCUGCCGUCGUUUAAAUGAGAAAAUAUCCUCAGCUUCCAGUUUGGAAUAUUUUCUAAUAAAGGUUUACCAUGCAACUGUCUACCAAAUAAAGUGUCUAAGUAGUAUCAGAAACAUUGGGAUAUUGUAUUCUAAGUUGCGCCAGUAAAAUAUAAGCAUUUUGUUGUGCUUGAUUUAUGUUUAAGUCUAGUUUCCUGUGUAUUGUUUCAUUUACAUUGACAUUCCAGUGCUCUAUGAAGUGACUUUUAAUUGUGUGCUGGCUGCUAUUUAAGAUUAUUUAAGUAACAGUGAUUUAGUACGAUCUGUGCUAUCAAACUAUUCUUUGUAUAUCUGAUGAUUUCCAUAUAAAUGUAAAAGAACAUUCUGACUAUUUUGGGAAUAUUUGUAUUUAUUCAGAUCUGUUGUACAGUGGAGCUGAUGAAAAUUUUCAUUAGGUUCCCACUUGCAGUAUUAUAGUUUAAAAAAAGUUAUAACAGAUCUUCAAAUGUGAAGGUUUUGCCAUCCUUUCCAUUCAGGGCCAGCUUCAGCAAACAUGUUAUUUGCAGUUUUUUGUUGUCUGCAUAUUCCUGAUAACUUUACAUGAAUUUAUAUUCAAUGCAGACAUUGUUAGACAACGUUAAGGACAAAGUCAACAUGGAGUUUGAAUUUUAAAAUGCAAGUCCAAUUAGGGCUUUUUCAGCUUGGCGUGCCUGGGAUUGAAGGGAUAAAUCUUAUCUUAAUACAAAUGCAUACUGGUUUACGAACAAUAUUUGCGCCCUUUAGACUUGUAGGUCUUACCUAUAGUUUCUAAAAGUUGUUUAAAUUUUAUAAUAAAAAUGCUAGACCAUUAAGCACAAUGUUAACCCUAUGCAUUACUUAUAUAAAUACUUAAAGAACAAUUGUGAAAUAUUCAUUAGUUAUAAUAGCAUCUAUGACCGAAGUUUACUUGAAGUUAUUGACAGACAUUCAAAAAAAAACUUCCAGUGGUGAAGGAGAGAAAUAAGGUAUCUGUUGAGCCAAAAAGGAGUUAGUCAAGGGAAGUCUACCUGGGUGGAAUUUAAAGAUUGGUGAGUGGCUAUGGUGCCUAUAUACUACAACUUGAAAUGUUUUGAAAAAUAACAUAUUUACAACCUGAAAAGAAUGUUAAUUUUGUUUUAAGUUUCAUUGCAGGAGAAUACUUACAAAGUCGUGAAUGCAUUGACAUUGCACAACAUAAAUAGCUUAUAACUGUAUCACCUUAUUUGUUACAUUGUUAAUAAAGUUAUGUUUACUUUUGCUUUGA